AGGGCGUGAAAUCGCAGCGAGUGCGAAACCGUGGUGCUACAUGGCGACCUUAUUUUCACGCGUGGGCCUGUGCUCGCUCGUAUGUUCGGUGGUCGGGAUGAUCGUCCUGAUUGUCUACCGAGCGGCGCUGAAAAAUGAUACGGCGACAACGGACAAUUGGACCGGUGGUCAAGAGCGCUGGACGGACAUGGGUUUAAUGGUUAUCGGCACAGUAUUCGGUCUGCCUGCAGUUUCAGUAACACACGCCCUGGCAUAUGCAACCGGAUACGAAGACACGAUAGGAGAUUGCCUGCGUGUCUUCGUCAUGGGCGCGAUGCAGCUGUGCUCCAGCGCCAUGCUCUUGACCGUCAGUGACCGGGGAGCCGCGGACCAGGGUCGGGCAGCCGGGAUCAGCAUGGGCGUGUUGCUCCUGCUCGUCUCCUUGUGCCAGGGCUACCACAGCUAUGUCAUCUACAGAACACUUAAUCCGGGUUCGAGCGGGCGGGGUCCGUAUGGAGCCAGCUACGCCAUGGAGCCACCUCGCCAAGGCAGAAAUCGAGCAGCCGAAGAACGCAAAGACCGUCGAACCGCGUCACCCCUGGUCUCGGAUCCGAUUCCCGUCGGAGCUGCUGCUGCGUCUUGAUCUUCGACUGUGAAGUCGACUCAGGAAAUGUUUUGAGUGCGGAGCAGUUUUUGAAAGUGAACGAAUGUGCCGUGAUCUUUUUUUUUUUUUUUUUUGAACAAGUCUCGCGAACUGUGACCGUUGAAUGAACAGUUACAAAAUUUCUUUGCGAAGGCGGAGCGGCAGGUUUCAAAAUAUCGGCAAUCUUUGCAUUCACGUAUUUUUCUGAAGAAAAAAGAAACGCUUAAUAUCAUUCGCUUUCCGAAUGCGUUAAUCAUGUGCAGUGCUUCAUUAUGCCUAACGCAGACAAUAAAUGAAACCUUCUUUUUUAGAUUCACUCAGACAGACUAAAAAUACCAAGCACGCGAGAAAAACUUGAUUCAAGAUCUGGUUCGAAUACUUUGCCAGUGCUGUAACUUGAAAUUCAUUUCUUCAAUUACGCACCAGGAUUCUUAAAUGAUAAUUAUUUUUUAAACCAUCACGAUCAAUAUUAAGGCUUGAAGCAACCCUCUAUUUGUUUAAAAUGUUCUCAAAGUGAGAACGUCAACAGAAAGUGCAUAAAAAGUGCGCUAUAAAUAUAAUGCUCAAAGAACUGUAUUUGCUUUGCCCACCCUCAAACUUAUGCCAUCACUAAGGAACGAAAAAUCAGUGAUCAUCCUGUUUAUCUCCGUAUUACCAAAAUAAAUCACACAUUUUGCUUUCUUGCCUUAUUAAAAAAUAAUCUUGACAAUUCGAGUGAAUGCUUCACCUUCACUCACCGGCUUAUAUGCAUGAACCGAUUUAUCAUGUUAGCAUUCAGAAAAACAAUACGAAGUUUGGUAGAGUGGAACCGUAUCUUGUUCCCCUUCACAUUUUCACAGACGAAGCCGAGCAUUUUAUAUUUGAGGUCGCUUGUUUUAUGCGUGAAAUUACUAGCGUGUUUCUAAUGCGAAGCGCAGUUUUUAUGCACGCCGUUUUUCUGCAAACAUCCCCAUAAAAUAUUGUUUGACUAUUGAGAGGGUCAUUCCAUAAGUGGAUCGAGACCCACAGUACAGUAUUUAAAUGCUCGUAUUUGGUUAUUUGUUUGUACAAUAGUUGGACGGCCGCCUGUAUAAAAAAAAUGCUUGCUUGGCAUUUGAGGCUAACUUCUUUGCAGUGAUGAGUUAUACUUCCUACAUUGUCUUUAUUUCAUUUGUACUCAGGGAAAGCCCAAAUUUGAACCGUGCAUGGGUCAGGAAAACGUAAAUCAUUGUGUCGAAAUCACGUCCAUCGCAUUCCAUCCGACUGUAAGACUGAAAGUAUGGGAGCCCGAAAUCGAAUAAAAAAUACGUGAACGAAA